AUGACGGGCGAACAUCCUCCAACAAAAAUUUCCAAUACACCAAGUGAGAGCACAAGUUCUCAGAAUGAGGGGGUCUCGCAAAAGGAGCUGCAUAGUGCUCCGGCCACCCCCAAGUCGGCCAUCAAUGUUAGGAUCAACCUCCAAAGGGCAAGCUACCAAGGGCUCCAAUUCAACGCCGACGCUGCGAAGUUCCAAUUCGGCUUCCACUUCAAAAGUUGCUAUCCCGCGCCAGCCGCCCGGCUAUACUCCUCGUUACAACCGUCGAGUCCCGCGAGCGUGCGAGUCGUGUAG